CCUGCACGACGCCAACGCCCCAUGCCCACACAUCCCUUGCGCCGCCGCCACCUCGCCGCCCGUCUCUCUGCCGCCGGCUGUCGUGCUCGUCGAUCUCCCCGCCGACGGCCGGUCCCCUUUGUGUGGCUUCCAGUCUCUCGCUGCUCUCCCUGCGCUGAGGAGCGUCGAUCCCGGGCUCCUCCUCGCCGGCGUCGCCGCCCGUCGCGGCAUCGUCGACUCCGUUAUAAGGAGAACUCAUGUCCAGGGCACACAAUGCUUUAGUUGCCACUGGCUUGCUGAUCUUCGCUGGUGCUGGUUUAUCAUUUCCAUUCCUUUUUGUGAAAUCAAAGAACAGGGCUAUCAUUGAUUCAUCAAAACCUCUGCCACCACAGGCUACAUUCCGAGGACCAUAUGUGAAUACUGGAUCACGCGAUAUUGGACCUGAUCCUACCAACUAUCCCAAGAAGUGAUGUAUUCUUUCCUGACAUUUGAGGCCUGUUCCCUUUCAUCUCUUUGGGCAGAUCACAAAAGUGCACAACUCUGAAAUAGUGCCAUGUUAAGAAUACCUUGUAUUAUGUGCGUCCUUAUCAUUGUUGGGUCUUGCGACAUCUGUUUGUGCAUGUGCCUUGACAAUGAAUUUUUUUUCAGUAUCUCCUAUAUAAAGAAGGGUGGACAUUGAAGACCUUUUAGAAGUGCAUAGUUUGCUCAAUAUGAAAAUAGUAUAUAUACUUUUGUGGAUGCAUAUAUGACUACUUGUAGUUUUAGGAGCUCCAUUGAAAUGAAAUAUGGAUAUUGUAGACCUCAUAGAAGUGUAAACUUUGCUAAUUAUUUUAUAGGUAUACUAUUUUUUAUGGAUGUUUAUAGGAUUAGUUGCAUCUCGUAUGUAUUAUUAAGCAGAAUCUGAAUAGCCAUGUGAAUUGGCUGUCUAGAACAAUCUGCCGCCCUUUAUGGUGUACGGACCUUGUUCUGUCAGGCAGCUACUGCCCUUUAGUAUUUUUCAAUAGUAAUCAUUUCAGGGGCUAAAAGCAA